UAUAUACGUACACGUAUACGAUGUUCUAGUGAGAAAAUCAUUUGCAUUACGUCAGAAUUCGCGGAAUAAACGGGACGUGUUGCUUCAUUUGUAAAAUUAUUUUCAUAACGGAAGUAUAGUUGAUCGAUUUAAGAAAAGAAAGAAAAAGGAAUACUCUUGACGAUCUCAGUCGUUUAAUUGAUAGUUAAAACGUAAAAGAAAAAGACGUUAUCGUUUUGGAUAUAUAUCUUAAUAAUGAUAAUAAUAACAACAACAAUAAUAAUAAUAAUAAUAAUGAUAAUAAUAACGGUAAUGUAUCUUAUUAAAUUAAGGAAAGCAGAGAGAAUCGCAUUUGUACGGUGUACAUCGAACGUGUUCACAGGAUCGACUUAAGCAGGAAUGUAUAUAUAUAUAUAUAUAUACAUAUAUAUAUGUAUGUAUGUAUAUAUAGAUAUAUACAUGUGUAUAUAAUAUUAUAAGAUGUAUAUGUGUGCGUAGUUAAAGAAACGUGUGCGUCAAUAGCGCACAACGUGUGUGCGAUUCAGGUAUCCAUCUUUUUCUCUCUCUCUCUCUCUCUCUCUUUCUCUCUUUCUCUCUCGUUCUCUCUUCUUACAUUUUCCAUCUUUAUCGAAAGUAUAAGCAACGUUGAGUGACGUCGCACGUAUAUCAGUAGUCCAUACUCGUGUGCGUGCGUGUGUCUUGCGUGUGCGUCGUAUCUGUUAUGUAUUUGUGCGUACGUGCGCGUCGCAGGAGCUCGUUCAGGUAGAAGAAAAAAAGAGAAAAGAAAAAAGAGAGGAGUAGGAAGAAGAAGAGGAGGAGGAGGAAGAAGAAGAAGAAGAAGAGGAAGAAGAAGAAGAAGAAGAAGAAGAAGAAGAAGAAGAAGAAUAAGGAACGGAGGUGCGGCACGACACUCGACGACGAACGCCAGUGAGCCGUUCGCCGCGUGUCGUGCUUGAUCAUUCUCUCGCGUCUUCCAUUUUGGAGAACCGUCCAUCCGUCCGUUCUCGGACAUCGUCGACAUAACAAAAGACAAAUAGACUUUUGGCGGGAUUUUCGAAUACGAUAGUUACGAACAUCGUAUAUAAAAACGAGAUAUAUAUUAACGACGAAUUACGAGGACCGAUAUAUAAACUUGAAAUUGAAGGCAAGUUUUCGUUUGAUUAGUUCCUUCCUUUCUUUUCUUUCUUUCAUGUUAUGUUAUUAAAAAAAAAAAAAAGAAAAGAAAAGGAAAAAGAAAAGAGAGAAAAGAAAAAUACAAAAAAGAGAGAAAGAAUAAAGAAGUGAGAUAGAGAAAAGAAAAGAGAGAAGAGAAAAAAGGAGAAGUUCUCGUGUCGUCAUUAUCGUCGUCAUUGUCGUCGUCAUUGUCGUCGUCAUUGUCGUCGUCGUCAGAGUUCUAUCGUUAGCCUUGACGGGCGCCAGCCGGUCGCGUGUACUCUCACGCGCACGUGCACGCACCGAUACCCUUCGAACGCGACUUCGAACGAGUUCACGGACCGGAUUAAAUCUUCUCUUCGAGAGAAAGAUUGAGAGAAGGAGAGAUAGAUAGAUAGACAGACAGAGAGAAAAAGAGAGAGAGAAAGAAAGGAAGAAUCCAUCCCUUGUCUCUUUUUCUAUGAAUUUGAUAUUGGAAUUAGAGGAUAUGAUAAAUGAUAAGAAACAACGGAUAAAAUAUUGAAUGAAUGAGAUAGAAAGAGAUAGAAAAAGAGAGGAGACAAAGAUAAAGGUAAAGAGGAUAUAUAUUAUGUGAGAUUCUUAGUUGAAGAGGAGCACCAUGUCGACGACCGACGUGGUACGAAUCUCUCCUCAGCAGCAACAGCAACAGCAGCAGCAGCAACAACAACAACAACAACAACAACAACAGCAGCAGCAGCAACAACAGGGAUCGUCUCUCGAUGAGGAACAAGGAAGACUGAAAAACGAUUUGCAAUAUCUCCGAAGAAAGGGACUUCUCAAGGCGCCCGGUGAAUCGUCCUACCAAGGACGUAAAUGUGCGAGAUGCUGUGCCCCGUUUGGUAGAUUUUACAACACCGGGGCUACGUGUACUCGUUGCAGAUAUAGGGUUUGCAGGCAGUGCCGUAUCGAGGUCAGAGGUCCGAACGAGGAGAACGAGACCGGUAAAGACGUCGAAUGGAUUUGCAACGUUUGCUAUAAGAUCGCAGAGUUACACGUUAUCACUGGCAAAUGGAUGUACGAGGAUCCAUUUACGAGAGAGAUCAUCGAUGAGAAAAAAUCGUCGUCUCCUUUGGACAUAUUGAAGCACAGUAUACGCCGUGCUUGGACCAUAAAUGGACCACCCACACGUUGGUCAGCCGCAAGAAAAUCACCGGAGUUGCGAGUUUAUCGUAGUCUACCGACUAGACGACAGGAAUAUCGUGAAUCCAUCGGGAAUGACGAUAACGUGAUAACGGGAAGGAACGUUUCGUUUACAAGAUCGGAAAUAGAGAAUAAUCGGACUACGAGCGAACGUUCUGUAAAUGUCAAGAACGAAGAGUCAUCGUCGUUUCUCGUGAAAAUCAUUUCGCGAAACGAUAUUGCCAGUUACGAACGAACGAAAAAAAACGAAAAAUUACGCGACGUUAAAUUCGAGGAGACGAUUGUAGUAUCGACGGUGCCAUCAUCGGCCGAGGUUGCCGUAAAAGGUUCGUUUAGAAGGAACGAAAAGAACGUUGGAAACUGUGGAAAUAAUAAUAAUAAUAAUAAUAAUAAUAAUAAUAGUAUUAAUAAUAAUAAUAACAAUAACAACAACAACAACAACAAUAAUAAUAAUAAUAAUAUCAACAACAAUAAAGUUAAGGAGUUGCAGGAAGAUACGACAAGUAAUCAGGAACAACAGUGCGUUGUAACACCAAGGAUAUCGUUAUUAAAACCACCUAGAAUAUUUUCGAAGCUAAUAUCGUCGGAUAUUAAAUUUUCUCAGAGUAAAUAUGGCGAAAGAAAAUCGAAUAUACCUAUAUUUAAGAGGAGCUCGAAGGAAUUCGAGGAUAUCAGGAGUCCUCAGGAAUCACCGAGACGAUCUCUUAUACCACAAAGAUAUAGAGGAAGCACGGACGACCUUAGACGUAGUCGUGAGGAUAUAAGCGUGCCAAGUUUGAUACCGAAACUCCUGUCGCCUCGUAAUAAGGAGGAUAGAUUAAUAAAGCGUCAGGAUAACAAGGAGGAAGAAGUUCGUACGAACGUAACGAAAGUUUUAACACCGUUUAAAAAGGAUAUUAAGGAGGAGCCGAGAUUUACGAACGUUAGUAUAUCGCAAAACAAUAUUAUUAACAAUAGUAACGCGAAGGAGGAGAAUAAGAUCGGUGUACGAACGUAUCGACGCGAUAAUAGUACAAGAGAGGAAGAAAAAGAGAAAGAAAAAAAGAAAGAGGAGGAGGAAGAGGAGGAGGAGGAGGAAGAGGAGGAGGAGGAAACUGAGCAAAAGGAAAAGGGAAAGCUUCGAGGAGGUGGAGAAGUUAGAGGAGAAGUUGGACGAGCUGGAGGAUCGAUCUUUAACGAUAAAACGAUCUAA